AUGUCUCAAUCCACGAAUGCGACCUUCUCAGCCUCUCUAGUGGAUACAGGUACCUCUAAGACACCGGUUAGGGCGAACCCCGUACCCGCAGUUACCUUAAGAAGAGUCGGUCCUGCACACAGUUUCUAUGAUGAAGCCCAGGUCCAGCAGUUCAUUGAUCUGCUCACUGGGAUUUCCGACGUGGUGACUUUGGCCAAUGUUGAAGUUGUAGAGCCGACACAAAAUACCCUGCGGAUUUCUUCUUCAGAAAACGAAUUGAUGACCCUUCGGGCAGAAGCAGGUUCGAAGAUGGAUGUUGACAGCGAGGAUGGAAAUGAACGCACGCCAACUGCUGCCAGAUCAGAGAAUGGAAGCUUUCUAUUUGUCCCUGGCCGAGCGGAUAUCAAUUCUGGAUCUCCCACUGGGCAUAACAAUGGAGAGAGUUCGGUUCACCCCCUCGGUGAUGCUCAAGCUGAUCCCAUCUUCGAUCAUUCGAUGCUCCAUGUCGUUCCAAACACAGGAGACGUGAUACCUAUCCUCCCUGAUGACACCUACACUCCUGGAUUGACGCAAUUCCAUGAGCCAGCUUCCGCUUACAGACCUCUUCCAUUGCCAACUCCGUUGGAAGUCCAAUGCCAGGCGUGUCGUGAAAACUUGAGCAAGCCUAUUUUCACUACUUGUGGGCAUGCGUACUGUCAAGAAUGCCUUAAUCGCUUGUUUCGCAUCGGUACUUCAAACAGAGCGUCUUGGCCUCCGAGAUGCUGUGGGGGCAACCUGGGAAUCGAAAUUGAAGGAAUUCAGAGACACUUGGACGAAGACAUCCUAAUACGUUAUGUUACCGUAUCCGAGGAAUACGGUGACCGCAAUCCAAUGUACUGCGCCAACAAGCAUUGCAGCCACUAUUUUGAGCAGACCAGGCUUAGCAACAAGCAAGGAAAAUUCAUACAAUGCUCGGAAUGUGACACUCAGACCUGCACUGAAUGCAAGCAGAACUCCACAGAGCAUAUUGGUCUCAAUCAAAUCGUUUGUAAGGAAAUUCAAGAUUUGAUGACGGAAGAAGAUCAAAAGCUAGCGACGAGCAAGCGCUGGAAGCAGUGUCCAGGAUGUCGAAACUUGGUUGAACGCAUCGAUGGUUGUUCCCAUAUGUCGUGCAAUUGUGGCAUAGAUUUCUGUUACGACUGUGGGAUCAAGCGUGAAGGUUGGACAACCGCUUGUGCUUGCCGCUCUCGAGCUCAUCGAGCUCGUCGUCAACCAAAUCCUGACGGAGACCACAACACACCGCGCCGCGCAAUGCGGCGUGUCCUCGAUUCGCCAAUCCUUCCGAUUCCUCGAAGGUUCAGGCAAGGGGGUGAGCCCAAUCCAAGCCCUCCAGGCCUGGAAGCCACUCCAAGUGUUGCAGCUCCCACCACUCCUGCGAACCCACCCUCGCAAGUCAACAUCCCUCCAACGCCUUCAUUCCGAAGCUUUCCUAGCAUCACCCAAGCGCCGACGUCAUCGACUGCAAAUCAGACAUCAGGCCCCGGCUUCCCUAAAGAUACUGCAACUCCAACCUCGUAUGGUGGGCCAUAUCUCAACGAUUCCCCAAGGCCGGGAUUGGUGCCCGGCGGGCUGAUUUCUGCUCACCCUUCAGGGCCUAUUGCUUCAAGUAGGCCUAAUGGUACUCGAACAGACGCGCCCUUAAUCCCAACCUACGCGAGAAACACAAAAUCUGCAAAUGUCAACAAUCAAACACCAGUGAUGAGAACAAUCGACAGGAUUGAAACGCAGGCAGGAUUCUCAUCCAAUGCGACAUUUCCUUUGUCGAACAAGAUAGCGCCAUCUACAGGUAGAUCGACACCAAUUCCCGAUAGCGCUACACCAAAGAGACCCUCAGAAAGAGCACUUCGACCACGCCUCACUCCUCAAUACGACAAUUCUCGUCCGUUAUUCUCAGUGUCACAGGGAUCUUCGAUAAGAACUGCUCACUUUCCCACUCAGUUGACGCCACCUCGAAGACAAAACAUGCCGUCUCGACCGGUAGACAUCAGAACAAGCGUAGGUGAAGACAUGGGCACGCCACCAGUGGUUGUGAGUGAUAAGCGUAGCCACAGCCCUGACAUAACAGGACAGAGACGCAAUGCUCGACAUAGCUGGAUGAAUGGUACCCACGGAGGCCCCUUUCUACUGAACAACAAUCAUCAUACAUCUGGUGAAAUGGCGAAUGAUCCCCGUCGACCGAAUUCAAUAUCUCAAACACAGAUUAUACCUGGAUUGACACCAUCUUAUGUCGGUGCACAGACAACAAGGCCAUCGCAAUGA